CUCUUCUUGGGAAGCGGAGCUAGGGUUUCUUUUUCACAACCUAGGGCCGGGGAACCAGGUGAUUUUUAAGUCAAUGGGGUGCUCUAGAUUUUAUGGAGCACUUAGAGUGAGGGGUUCAGCGACUCCAGUAUUGGUUCUGGCCUCUAGGUCGGAGAAAGAUUGGACCUUGCAGAGACAGGAUUUCCAUGCCCAGCUUAAAGCAGUUGGUAGAACAAAUCUCCUUUCAACCCUUGCCAUCUCCCUGAGGUCCCCGGCUGGUAGCUCUGCAGCCGCUGGGGACCUUUCAGUGGCCUAGGGAGGAGCUCUCAUAUCCUUGGGCGUAAAUGAAGCCAUAGGGUGCAGGAGAGGAGGCGAGGCCUGGCUCCAACCACUCUUCCUGUCCAGGGGCAGGGGCAAGGAUCCUCCACCCCGAGGUAACAGACCCUGUGCACCCUUCGCUUUCCUGCAGAGCAUGAGGCUGCCCAGAAGAGUUGAGGACGCGGCGGAGCUGCGCAAGAACCUAAAGCCGCUGCUGGAGAAGCGCCGGCGCGCGCGGAUCAACGAGAGCCUAAGCCAGCUGAAGGGUCUCGUAUUGCCGCUGCUGGGCGCGGAGACUUCCCGCUCUUCGAAGUUGGAGAAGGCGGACAUCCUGGAAAUGACCGUGCGCUUCCUACAGGAGCAGCCUGCGACCCUGUACUCCUCUGCAGCACCUGGGCCUUUGAAUAGCUACCUCGAGGGUUACCGAGCCUGUCUGGCGCGCCUGGCUCGUGUACUGCCCGCCUGCAGCGUCCUGGAGCCCGCAGUGAGCGCGCGCCUACUAGAGCACCUGCGACAGAGGACUGUCAGUGAUGACCCGCCCUCACUGACGCCACCACCCGCUCCAGCUCCAGCUCCUUCUCCGCCGGUGCCUCCUCCAGGCAGUCCUGGCCUUUGGAGGCCAUGGUAGGUUCCUGGAUAUUCCACAGGAACCUGCUGCCGGCUGUCAGGGACCUGGAUGGGCUAGCCGACUAAGGAAGUUCUCCAUGGCGACUGCAUCUUCUCACUUUGAGAACAGUCUAGCUCCAACUGCCCUGUCAAGAAUCAGAUGCUGUGACCUGGCUGGGUGAUGAAACCUUCAAGGAAGGGCUUGGCCAGAGGGAGAAAUGGCGCCGAAGGAAAAAGAGCAAAUUUGUGCAGGGUGAGGAGGAAGAAGCCCAGACUGGAAGAAGUGGUUCAGGCCCUGGGCCAGCCAGAGCUGCCGCGGCAGGGACACACCUGCCCUACAGUGGGCAGCAGACCAAAGUCUGGUCUUGAAGCUCACCUGGGUCUGGUGCCACACCUGCUAGGAUGGGUCACUGUGUUUCCAGCCACACCUGGAUAUACUUCCAGCUCAGCUGGGCUUGUGACCUCUUCAUGAACAGAGCAGUGGCUUGGGGACUGUGACCAUGCCUCCUCAGAGCACUGAGCAGGGCAAAGGAACAGGAGGGCGGUCAAUCCUGUUCAACUCCUCCAAUCCUAGGCUUCCCUUCCCACUGAUCGGUAGAAGGGUGUGUGGACUCUCCCUUUUAAUUCUCUAAGUGUUAUUUCUCCCCCACAGCAGGUUUGGUGGUCUUGGGAUCUAAGGGACAAGACGGAGGCUUCCCUGUGGCUGUAAGGAACCUCGUGGCUUUGGAGGAGCAGAGCACAGGCUCUGGAAUGGCAGGGACUCUGGAGAAGCAGAGGAAGGACCACCAUCAGCCUUG